AUGUCGUCACACCGAGCCAAUCCAGGUUACCAAAUAGUAGUAACGCAGCUAGCACUGCGUGACAAUCCAAUCGCGAUAGACACGAUAGACACAUGUAUUCAAGUUUUCCCCAACUGCCCGGUUUCCCCAGCCUCCUCGCUAAAUAAAGUUACACUUCUCGCUGUCCUCUGCCUCUUCCAAGUUCCCGAGAACGAACAGGUAGACAAAGAAGACAGGGAAGAGUAUGCAGUGGCGCCCCUCUUGAAAGUUAGUUUGCAGCGCAGUUUGCAUCGCGCGCGUUCACCGUCCCGUGACUGGACCCUGGGGUUGCUGCGGCAACAGCAACGGCGCGAUCCGUGCGCGUAA